AUGGACGCACAACUCUCAAGUAAUUUGGAAGACCUUGAGAAAUUCUUCACUUCCCGCAUGGCAGAGUAUGACAGGAAGUUAGAAGGGAUGAAAACUGGACCUGCUGCCAAUCCUGAUAUUGUCACAUUAUCCCGUGAGUACACUGAAUUUAAGUCUGUCAUCUGGGGUGCCAUUUCAAGAAUAAAAACUCAGUUGGAACUAUUGACACUGGCACAGGACAGGCAUGAGAUGGUAAUGCGUAGAAAAGUGCUUCUAUUUCAUGGGCUUCCCGAGGAGAGGAAUGAGAAUCUUAAUGACUCAGUUCUUCGAGUCAUCUCCGUUAAACUGAAGUUACCAGACUUCCCACGGGACAAGCUGCAAGCCUGCCACCGUCUUGGCUCCCCUGGUUCUAAACCCCGCCCUGUGCUCGUUAGAUUUGCUGCUAUGGAGCACCGUCACCAUGUUUGGGAUAACAAAACAGGUCUUAAAGGUUCUGGUAUUACUAUGUCAGAAUUCCUGACUAGGCCAAGGCAUCUGGCCUUCACCACCGCUCGUAAGCAUUUUGGAAUCAAAAGCUGCUGGUCUGUGGAGGGAAGAAUUGUUGUCCUGCUCCCCGAUAAGACAAGACGCAAAGUGGAUACAUUGGCGGAGGUUAAGAAACUGAUUGAAGAUUAUCCAUCGGCCACAGGAAUGACUGGCACCGGCGGUACCGAGAGUUCACAGCAGGUCUAUAGGAAAACCCGGCGCCAUAAGUGA